AUGCAUCAAGGACGAGGACGACAAGUACUGCUGGAGGAGGCACUCAUUAGACGGAGAUGGCAGUCUUACUUCCAUAAACCCUUGAACGAAGAGGGGGACAAAGGCAUUGUGUUAGGGGAUUUGGAGAACUCAGAGAGCAGUAGCAAUUUUAGGUAUGUUAGGUGUAUUAAGCUUGAGAAGUUUAACGGGGCUAUUCAUAGGAUGCACAGGUGGAUUAAGAUUAUUCCGUUGUACAAUAACAAGGGUGACAUUCAUAGUUGCAAUAACUAUAGGGAUAUCAAGCCGCUAAGCCAUACUAUGAAAGUUUGGGAGAGAGUGGUGGAGAUGAGGGUGAGGAGGGGCGUGACUAUUUCAUUGAACCAGUUGGGGCGCUCAACAACAGAAGCCAUUCAUUUUGUAAGGAGACUGGUGGAGCAGUAUAAGGAGAGGAAGAAGGACCUUCACAUGGUGUUCAUUGACCUUGAAAAGGCUUACAACAAAGCUCUUAGGGAGGUUAUAUGGAGGUGCUUAGAGGCUAGUGGUGUGCCUGUGGAGUACAUUAGGGCGAUCAAGGACAUAUACGAGGGAGUCAAGACCCGGGUAAGGACAGUGGGAGGUGACUAA